CCACGCCAAGAUCCAGCGCGCUCCUUCGGCGUCUCCUCCUCCUCCUCCUCCUCCUCAGCCAAGGUAUCUUUCAGAACUGCUGUGAAGCCUACAAUGUUGGACUCCAAGGAGCAAAAGUAUUUUCCGGCCCCUCGAGUGAGCAAUUUGGAUAUAACGUUCAACAGCUUUUAAAUGAAGAAGGCAAAUGGCUGCUGGUUGGUUCACCCUGGAGUGGCUAUCCAAGAAAUAGAAUGGGUGACGUUUAUAAGUGUGCUAUUAGUCAGCAAGGAACCAAAUGUUCAAAGAUGAAUUUGCAAACUUUUGCAAGUAUUCCAAAUGUGACAGAGAUAAAGAAGGACAUGAACCUCGGAUUAACUCUAGUAAGGAACUCCGUAACUGGAGGAUUUUUGACUUGUGGUCCUUUGUGGGCUCAGCAGUGUGGCAGCCAGUACUAUGCAACAGGGAUCUGUUCUGAGUUCAGUCCAAGCCUCCAACUCAUGAGAAGUUUUUCACCAGCUGUACAAAAAUGCUCUUCAGCUGUUGAUGUCGUGGUGGUAUGUGAUGAGUCAAAUAGUAUUUACCCUUGGGAUGCUGUCAAGGCAUUUUUGAAAAAGUUUGUCCAAGGUUUAGAUAUAGGCCCCACCAAAACUCAGGUAGGUUUAAUUCAGUAUGGUAAUCAUCCAAGAGAAGUAUUCAACCUGAAUACAUAUACGAAUAAAGAAGACGCUGUCCAAGCAAUGUCAGAGACCUAUCAGAAUGGAGGAGAAUAUACAAACACAUUCAGAGCAAUUGAGUAUGCCAGGCGUUAUGCUUUCUCUAAAGAAUCUGGUGGGCGACCCUCAGCCUCCAAAGUCAUGGUUGUUGUGACAGAUGGUGAAUCACAUGAUGGUUCGAAAUUGCAGGAAGUGAUAGCAAAAUGCAACGAGGAUAAUAUCACUAGAUUUGGUAUAGCAGUAUUAGGAUAUUUAAUUAGAAAUGAGUUGGACACUAAAAACUUAAUCAAAGAAAUUAAAGGGAUAGCAAGUCUUCCCACAUCAAAAUAUUUCUUUAAUGUGUCCUCCGAGGCUGCGCUUCUAGAAGAAGCAGGAACACUGGGAGAACGACUUUUCAGCAUAGAAGGCACUGAUCAAGGUGAUUUAUUUCAGCUGGAAAUGUCACAAGUGGGUUUCAGUGCUUCUUAUUCACAGCAAAAGGAAGUUCUCAUGUUAGGUGCUGUUGGGGCCUAUGAAUGGACUGGGACUGUGAUCCAGGAGUCAGAAAAACAAGCUACUAUGUUUCCCAAUGAUGCAUUUGAAAAAGUUUUACAAGAUAGAAAUCAGAGCUCUUAUCUAGGUUAUUCUGUUGCUGUUCUGACAAUGAAAAGCACUGUCUAUUUUGUGGCUGGUGCUCCACGAUCUAACUAUACUGGAAGAGUAGUGGUUUAUCAAGUGGAUGGCCGUGGCAAUAUAAAUAUUAUUCAUUCUCAAAAAGGAGAGCAGAUUGGCUCUUACUUUGGUAGUGUAAUAUGCUCAAUGGAUGUUAAUGGAGACUCCAUAACAGAUGUGCUGUUGGUUAGUGCACCAAUGUUCAUGAACGAUUUUAAAAAAGAAGAAGGAAAAGUUUACAUGUUUGCGGUCAAAAAUGGGAUCUUGGACAAACGAGAAAUUCUAGAAGGCCCUGAUGGGUUAGAAAAUACUCGGUAUGGAUCAGCUAUCACUGCUAUUUCAGAUCUUGAUUUGGAUGGUUUUAAUGAUGUAAUAGUCGGAGCACCAUUAGAAAACCAGAAUGCUGGUGCUAUCUACAUCUACAAUGGUAAACAAAGAACAAUACAGACUAAAUAUUCUCAGAAAAUUUCUGGGUCAGACCCUGCUUUUGGAAAGCAACUGAGGUAUUUUGGCAGAUCAAUAGAUGGCCGCAGUGACUUAAAUGGUGAUGGGAUUACUGAUGUCUCCGUGGGUUCUGAUGGAAAUGUGAUUCAACUCUGGUCUCAGAGUAUAGCAAAAGUUUCUAUGCAUAUCUCAUCCACGCCAAGGAAGAUCAGCUUGCUAAACAAGAAUACAGAGGUGAUUCUCCAGAUAUGCUUCAGUGCAACCUUUAGACCUGCCAAUGGGAAUAAUCAAGUGGAUAUCAAAUACAACCUGACAUUGGAUGCUGAUCUCUUGUCCUCUCGUGUAACUUCUAGAGGCUUAUUUAAAGAAAACAAUGAGAGAUACCUGCAGGAUCAUAUCAUAGUCCGCCUCAAGGAGAACUGUGUGGAGCACAUUUUUAAUGUCCAGGAGCCAUCUGAUGCAGUCGACUCACUUAGUGUACGUGUUGAUAUUAAGCUCAAGAAUCCUGGUUCAAGUCCUGUUCUAGAUAAGAUGUCUCCUGCAUCUGUAACUUAUGCUAUACCAUUUGUUAAAGAUUGUGGUGGAGAUGAAGUUUGCAUUGCUGACCUUGUUCUUGAUGUUCAACAGAAAACAGAUAAUGGCAAACAACCUGUUAUUAUCAGCAGUAAGAACAAAAGGUUGAUAUUCGGUGUGAAACUAAGAAAUAAAAAAGAAAAUGCAUACAACACCAGAAUUCAAAUUGUCUUUUCCGGGAACUUGUUUUUUGCUUCGUCUUCUUCACCUGUUGAUGGAACUGAUGUUUCAUGUCAGAUGAGCACAAUCCAGCAAUUUGUUGUGUGCCAGAUCAGCUAUCCUGUUUUCAAGGAAGCACAGCAGGUGUCGUUUGACAUUAGUUUUGACUUUAAUUUGAAAAGUCUUCAGAAUCUGGCAGUAUUAGGUUUUCAAGCUUUGAGUGCAAGUAAUGAAGAAGAUGAUACAAACAACCAAGUCAACCUGACAAUCCCUCUUCGGUAUGAUGCAGAACUCCACUUGACAAGGUUUACUAGUAUGAAUUUCUAUGAAGUAUAUUCUGAUUAUAAUGUUCCUUCUGUGGUGAACAAUUUUGAUGAAAUUGGACCUGCAUUCAAUUUUUCUAUUAAGGUCACAAGAGGAAGUAUCCCAAUUGACAUGGCAUCUUUAAAAAUCCAUAUUCCAAAAGAGACUGAAGGUGACAAUCCCUUGAUGUAUGUGACUGCAGUACAUACCAGUCAGGAUGUUGACUUCAGUUGUGAAGCACAGAUAAAUCCAUAUAAUAUAGGACAACAAAGUUAUGCUGUGUCAUUCAAAAAGGAAAACUUCAAAACGAUGAAAGAAUUGAACUGCAAGAAUGUCAGAUGUGACACAAUUACAUGCAAAUUAAAAGAUAUCACGCUGAAGGCUGAAUAUUAUGUUAAUGUUUCUGCCAGAAUCUGGAAUGGGACAUUUGCAGCUUCAAACUUCCAGAAGAUACAGCUAACUGUAUUUGCAGAAAUUGACGCUCAUAAUUCAGAUCUGUUUGUGACUGGCGAAAACACUUUAUCAAUCCCAGUCACAAUAAUAAACCCUGAUGAAAAAGCAGAAGUGCCCAUUGGAGUUGUAAUAGGAAGUGUCCUAGUGGGUCUGCUUUUGCUGGUAGCUCUCAUUGCUGCUUUAUGGAAACUUGGUUUCUUUAAGAGGAAAUAUGAAAAGAUGGGAAAGGAUGUGGAAGAUGUAGAUGAAACUUUGGAACUCACUAAGGACUGAAUAUAGCAGUGAUUGUCCUCGUCUACCAGCCCUGAGCCACAAGCAGUGCUUGCAACCACUCUGGUUCAACUACUUGGGAGUGCCUUACAGAUUAUUGUGCUGUUUCACUCUAUUUUCCUUCUUUUUCCAUGAAAAUGUCUUAUGAGUUUUAUAGAUGAAAUAUUUUUACAUGUACUAUUUUAUUUUAGUAAUGACUGCUGGUCGGUUUGGGGUUUUGUUUACAGGGUUUAAAGUAUUUUUUGUUGCUGUGUACUUUGGGUUGCAUUAAUUUCUAUAGUCUAGGAGUACAAACAUGUGGAGCCUCCUGGGUGUCAUGGCACUGCAACUCCCAUAAUUCCUUGCCCUAGGCCAUGCUGACAGAGGUGGGUGAGAGUUGCAGUUCAGUCACAUCUGGGAGAACCACGUAUCUUGCACUAAUGCAACAGGCCCUCUGAAUCAGCAGAAUAAUAAAUAAUUAUUAUUGAUCAGUGCCAGAAUUACUAUACUAUUAUCUUUCGUUGAUAACAAACCAGUUUCUAUAGGAGGACUUCACUACCCAUACAAAACAUGUAUUUUCAUUUGGAGUUUACAAUCCAAAGAAUUAUUUGAAGUCUAGUGCACCAACACUAGCCCACUGAGACGUCACAACCUCUGAGGAUGCCUGCCAUGCAGGCGAAACGUAAGGAGAGAAUGCUUCUAGAACAUGGCCAUACAGCCUGAAAAACCUACAACAACCCAAUAGCCCACUUACUGCCUUCCAUUUCUAAACUGAACAUUUUAAUGUUCCUCAUAAUUUACAACAGAGAUGGUCAACUGUAAUUCUCCAGAUGGGUUUGCGCUGCAUCUUUCAUAAUCCUUCACCAUUGACCAUGUUGGUUAAGGUUUAUGGGAGUUGAAGGCCAAAAACAACUGGAGGACCACAGCUGUCCUCUGUGCUGAAAUAUAGUGUCAUUAUAGAUUCUGUAAUCAGACAGGGCUUGUGAUGAGAACCUUGGUUUCCACCACUGUCUGAGCUUGUUAUGUGACUUUUCCUAUUGUAUUUGUGGCCUCAAUUGUGUGGGUAUUUCCACCUCAGAAAUGAAAUUAUGUGCUUGGUUCCACUUUGGAGACUUUUAUAUCUACAUGUUAGGCAACAGGUAGCCCUGCCCAUCCCAUUGGAGACGAAAAGGAGGGAACUAAGAACCAAAUCUUAGAGGCUACUGGUGAAAAGCCUCAAAGAUACAAUGCAAUAUAUGGAGGGGCUUUCAGUUAUUCUAAAACAAUAUGCUAAGUACAGUAGCUAUCCAAGGGCAGCUGGAUUGAGUCCAUAUUCCAUAAAUAUGUGCAGGAUAAAGUCUUGUGUGUUGGUUAUGUCAAUUGCUUGCCACAUUGUGGAAGUCACUAUUUUUUGGGUCAACUUUUGACUCAAAGUGACUGAUUCCAUGUAUUGCAAGACAAAUAUUAUGCCCAUCUCAAGCUUCUGCUUGCUCAAUAAGAUGUUGGCCUUCAGAGGCUCAAUAAGCAAAUAAGUUUCUAAUCAUCAAUCGUUUCAUUGCACUUUUCAGCUAGCACAAAUGUACAGUUUUACAGCCAGUUUGAUGUUUCUACAAUAUGCUUACUUUGAUGUUUUAAAAUGCCUUUUGAUACUACAUGAUACCAUAAGGCACUGGUUUUAUGUGUCUCUCUAAGAAUAUAAAACGAGAGUGAAGUGCCACAACACAAGUGGCACUUCUGCUUUCUAAUCAAACUUGCAGCAGCAAUGAAACUCAGCUACUAAAAUAAUAGUGAAGACACACUGUCUCCUACAUAGGUUCUGUCUCCUACAUAGAUUCUGAAUGCCAUAUUUAAAUUUCACCAUUGUUUACACUAUCCUCAUCAGGUAAAACCAGUUGCACACUAUUUGAUUAUAGUUGCCCCUCCAAACUUGUGGGUUUUAACUUUUGUGGAUUUGAUUAUUUGCAGAUUUGAUUUAAUAUGCUUUCUUUUGAAGUAUUUAGAUACUCCAGUGCAAUCCUUAUGUCAACUAUUAACAUGUUAAAUAUGCAUAGAGUCAUUAUGGAGGACCUAGAGAGGUGUUGUCUCUCUAGCAUUUUUCCUGCAAUUUUUCUACUUUUGCAGUUUUUCUACUUUUUUCCUACUCAUUCCAAAAAACAAAACAUUUAAAAUUAGUAGGCUGAAUGCCCAUAAUAGAUUGCUAUGUUUACUAUAAUUAGAAGACUAGGAAUUUGGAUUUCAGGUUCGGGCAAUUGGCUUAAAAAUUACAGACCUUGUGCGGGAAAGCACAAUGUCAAGGUAAAGAAUUAUUUUCUAUGAUAACAGUAAACAAUAAAAAAAUUCUGGUUCUGCAACCAUGUGUGCAUAUAAAACAGAAAACUACUUCCACUGAAAAUAGAGACACACAUUUUUCAAAAAGUACCUGUAAGACUAUGUAAUACAUGCUAGUAAUCUUGGAAGAUGCCUUUAAUCCAACCUGCAAGAAAACCCAUAUUUAUUUAAUAUAUACAUUUGCUAACAAUGCAACAUAUAAGGGAACUCAGGACAAUUUUCAUAAAUGUAGCAUUGGUGUUAUUAAUUUGCAAAGAGGAAAUUUUACUACUUGGCUGCACAAAUUCAACACUUUCCCCUGUAUUGGGCAAGGGACCAGAAAUCUAGCACUGAUGCAAAUUGAGCCUUCUUCAUUUCAUCCCAGUGGGAUUUUGUGCACAUACUAGAAUUGUGUGCUUCUCCACAUGAUGUACAAAUUGUUCUCUUUCAACAAGAGAUGCUUGAGUGUGAGUUUUGCCUCCAUAUAUGUAUAUUUUGCACUUUGUUCCUGAAUUAUAGAAAUAUAGAUGAUGAAGUGGUUGUGUUUCAGUAAAAAUGGAUGUGCUGGAAUAAGUUCAAAAUAAAUCUGCAUUUUUGUUGCCCAA